AUGAUAUUAGGAAAGACAAAACAAAAAAAUGAUGAUGAUGAUAAGGUAAAAACAUUAAGCUUAUUGAAAACACCAAUACAUGUGGCUGUUGCAACUGAACAAAAACUUGUCACAGAUAAGUCAACUGAAGAUGAAUCAAGUUUUAUAUCACAAUUAUUUAAUGAUAAUUACAUAGAAAAUCUAUCUGGUUUUAUGAGCAGAGAAAUAAUUAUUAAUUCAGAUUGCUUAUGGAUAAAUUUUUUAUCAGAAGAUGGUGUUGAUCUAAACAAUAUACAUAGAAAUUUAUCUAUUUCACCUUCAUCAAAUCAUUUAUAUAGUGAUAUAUAUCACAAAUAUUGUAUCUUGAAAAAAAACUGGAUUUGUGGUAAUUACAAAGAAACCUCCAUAAAAGGCAAAUUCAAUAAUUAUCCUCUGGUUCUUCAAAUGGAUGGAGAAAAAAUAAUCAUAAAUUCUGCUUUUAAUGAUAUAAAUAUUUAUGAAAUUGCAACAGGAAGAUUAAUUAAAACACUUGGUCUUAGUAAAACAAUUAAUUCAUUACAAUUUAUUGACAACACAUUG